AUGCAAAUGGCAUCACCCCCGCCGACGUUUGGAGGUCAAGCAGAGCAGAGUGGAGCUGCUAUGGCGUCGACGGUUGAGGCCCCGCUGGCAGAGGUGUGCGAGAAGUGUGACAGUACCUUUAUGCCUGAUUCGAGGUUCUGUCCGCAAUGUGGAGCCCCUCGGAAGGGAUCUGCUGCUGACAUGGCGCCGAAUCGCAGCACCUCCUUUGCAGAGGCUGUGGCGCAGGAAGUUCCGCCCGGCGGGCUGCUCCACUUGCAGGUAGUCGUGCAGCUUGGUGACUACUGGCUACAGGCAUAUGGGGUUGUGACUUUGGUCCUCCAGAUCGGCAAAGCUGCAAAGUUUGAUUAUCCCCCAGGUUGGGGCUGGACGGAAUUCUUUGCCCUGGUGGUAUAUUUUGCCGUCUUGCGGCUGCAUCGUGCCACAGGGUGUUUUGCGAACAGGGCACGGAGUGCCAUCUCCACUGGCUGCUUCCUGUCACUGACGGCUGUGCUGGUGCUUGUCACGGGAUACUUCGGGGCCCUUCAGGUUUACGUGCUCCAAGUUGAAUUUGCCAUGGGCGUCUUUUCCUUGUCUAUUCUUGGCAGCCAGUUUCUGCUUGGAAUCUUCGCGGGUCAAAGAUACUCGACGAGGCCACAGCACCUGAUCAUACUAUGCUCGUGUGCGGCACUUGCAGCAGCCGCCCUGGUGCUGACCAGCAUUCUGGAUGCGAUCGCUCAGACACUAGACGGAGGUCAGAUGCAAGUCUCCCUGGCUGCCGGAUUGAGCCUUGCGAUCUUCGGUUUGCUCCUGGCACUUCUGACAGGAUGCUGCCUGGUGCGUGAGAUUUAA